GAAACCACCAGUAACAGUAAACAGUAAGCGAGAGGCUAAGUCGAAGCGAAGUUUGUAGCUUAUUUUCACACACGGUAUAAUUUAUUUUCGCGCACGUAGGGGCUCAUAUUGUGACCGAAGUUGUUAAUGGAAGUGAUGUUGUGUUGGUGCGAAAAGUCGCGUUUUCAAUGAAAUUUUCUUAUACCGGUACCAAAUGCCGCGCAGUGAACUGUUUAUGAUUAAUAUCCAACAUCUUACCAAUGAUUUUCCAAGAAAAACGGCGCCUGGAAUGACCGAGGACGAAAAGACUGACUGCGAUUCGAGGACAGACAGCGGUUUUUUGUCGGGUGGAAAUUUGGCAUUAUCAGGUGAAAUAAUUUCGGAAGAGAUCCCUCCAACUCCGACCUCGGCAGAUGACCAUAAAAAACAGGCUCUCAUCGACGAUAACUUGAUGCGUUUAGAUAGUGGUGUAGACCUUGGUUUGUCCGAAAGUUUUUCAAGCCUGAGUUUGAAAAAUUCGGGACUCAACGACCUUAGUUCGGGAAACAUAGAUGAAUCGCAACCAUGUAUCAAAGAGUCCGACCAGAAGGAAAUCCCGUGGGAACUAUACUUUGAGCAGGACGAAGACGGCGAUACACAUCUCCAUAUUGCUAUAGUUCAGAGAUUUCCGGAAGUGGUUCUUGCAUUGAUUAGAGCAGCACCUCACCCUCGUUUGCUGGACACCCCAAACGACGACGCCCUGACGCCUCUUCAUCUGGCGGUGGUCACCGGUCAGUGGCAUAUCGUCAGGUGGCUUAUAGUGGCCGGAGCCAGGCCUGGACCUAGGAAUCUUAGAGGCGACUCACCGUUGCACAUCUGUGCCCAGACUGGCGAUUUGCAAACCUGCAAGGCCAUCACCAACCCCGUAACCCAGCACGAAAGAGACAGCUUAGCCCUUAGUUAUCCCGCUCAACCUUAUCAUCAGGUCGACCUAGAACAGUGGAAUUAUGAUGGUCAAACAUGUGUACAUGUAGCGGCCAUAAACGGUCAUGUAGACGUCCUCCGACACCUGGUAUGGUACGGAGCUGAUAUAAACGCCAGAGAGGGCCGAUCCGGCUAUACAGCUUUACAUUAUGCCAUAGAAAAUCGAGACGAGCGAUUAACUACAUUUUUACUCGAAUGUAACAAAAUUAAUGCUUCAGUAGUGACGUAUGGUGGUCGUUCAGUUCUCCAAUUAGGCUUCCCUGUGCCUUCCAACUUGUUUGACGCCCUUAGAUCACGGGGAGUUCCCUCCCCCUACUCUAGCGACGAGGAGUACGAUUCUAGUAGUAGCGAAGAUGAGGCACCCUACAAAAAUACAAAUGUUUGUCCAGCAGUCAAAGCUACUGCCUAAGUACUUGGAACCUGUUAAGAACGAAAAGGGGUGAAAAUGACAAUAAAUACAGUAGGGGAGAGAAAAAGGGGACGAUAGGCAUUAAGUGCCCUCCCGCGACGUCCGUCGUCAGGAAGCAACCGAAAAGGAAGGAGAGAAUGUGUUUAAAGCAGACUACUUCUGUGAUCUUAUCUUGCUUAUAUUCCUACAUACAUACAUACAUAUAUUUUUUAACGAGAUGAUUAGAUGACGUUGGUCAUUUCUUUUGACUAACACUUUAACUUAUAUCGUGGUAGAUAUUCAUCCCUUUAUUUAUUAUGACAUUUAGUUGUAAAUCUUGGAAAUGUUAAAAAGAAAAGGAAGGAAGAUUACGCUCGAUUUAGUUAAAAUAAUUAAAAAAAGACUUAAUUGUUAUGUAUUCGUCGAAUGUUUCAUACAGUUAAUUUUAGUUUUAUUUUUUAGUAUUAUUUAUUGUUCUAAAUUUUAGAAAUUGUACAUAUGCCAAAUUGUAUAUUUCAUAUAUUAUAUGGAAUACACUAUUUCGAAAAUGAAUCAAGUAAAACUUGUAAACUACGA